AUGCACCGCCUCCGCCCCCUCGCCCGCCUCGCCCGCCCCCUCCACACCACCCCCGCCCCCUCCGCCGCGCGCAUCUCCAUCCCCACCACCACACCCCCCACACCCACCCUCCAACAAACCCUCCACUCCCCCCUCCCCAUCACCCCCACCUGCCCACCCCCCACCUGCCCCUGCACCCCCAACCCCGCCCUCCCCCCCUCCCUCCCAAUCGACACCGCCACCCCCUCGCCAACGCCCUCCCCCGCUACCACCGCCACCUCCUCAUCUCCACCGCCCGCCCCAACUGGGGCCCCCGCAUCGAACACGACCCCGCCCCCAACCUCGCCGCCGACAUCAAAUCCGUCUCCACAGCCCACAACCUCCGCGACCCCUUCGCACCAACACUCGUCACAAACUCCGUGGGUGCUGCCGGGGAACAUCUACAUCCCGCGCAUCCCGCGCACCACGCACGCCGUCACGGCGCUGCUGAAAGCGUAUCUUCUCCCCGGCGGCGACCCCGCUACGGCAGAGUUCGAGGGUGUUCGGGUGGUGGAUAAAGUGCUCGUGCUGAUCUGCUCGCACAUGUCGCGCGACGCGCGGUGCGGUAUCAUUGCGCCCGCGCUGAUGGCGCAGUUUCUUUCUGUAAUCGAGGCAAGAGGACUAGGGGGACGGGUGAGGGUGGGGUAUACGAGCCAUCUGAGCGGGCACAAGUGGGCGGGGAAUGUUGUUGUGUAUCUGCCGCCGGGGCGGGUGGGUGGGAAAGGGGGACUGGGGGUGUGGUAUGGGAGGGUGGGGACGGGGGAGGUGGAGGGGAUUGUGGAUGAGACGGUGGUGGGAGGGCGGGUGGUGGGGGAGUUGUGUAGAGGGGUUGUGGGCGGGGAGGUGGAUGGGGAGGGGGCGGUUUGA